AUGUUAGACGAAGAGUGUAAUGUUUUAAGGUCAGAUCACUGUGGAAAUUGUGACGAGUUUAAGGCUAAACUGAAAGGCUUAGAAGUUGUCUUAAGGAAUGCAUUUAAUAGUGAAGAAAAGGGUGUAAUUGAAAAAAAGAUUAGAGAUUUAGAAACUGAAAAUAAAGCACACAAGUUAAAAGCCGAGGUAUUCUAUCGCAGAAAAAGAGCAACUAGAAUUUAUUGUCAAUCAUCUUCUAUAAGAGAAGCUAUCGCCAUGGAUUAUCAAAAGAAUUUGAGCAUGCCUAACAUAACUUCUAAUGAGACCUACUAUAAGAGAUAG